CCCAAAAUCACUCCCCCAUUUCCCUCGUCUUUUCCCACUCAUUCUUCCUCACCAAUUUCUCUCAUGCCUCUCUCACAAUAAUCUUCUUCAAUCCAUAAUCCAUGGCUGCCAAGUUUUUGUGCUUGUUCUUCGUUGUGACAUUUUCAUGGGGUUUUGUGGGUUUUUCUGCUGCUAUUGGGAAUACUUCUGUUUUCAAACACGUUUCUGAGAUGGGAAAUUUCUCCGAUGAUAUGUUGAAUCUUGAUACACUGAGAAAGAUUUUGGUGAGAGAAGAAGACACCAUUAUUUUUAGUCUGAUAGAGAGAGCAAAAUAUCCUAUAAAUUCUCCGUUGUACGAUAAAAGGCCCGGGCUUUCGGGUUCUUUGUUUGAAUUUUUUGUCAAAGAAUCUGAAGCUGUUCAAGCCAAGGCUGGUCGGUAUUCUUCUGCUGAAGAGAAUGCUUUCUUUCCAGAUAAUUUGCCACCACCAUUGCUGCCACUUCGAGAUAAUGAACAGGUUUUGCAUCCUCGGGGAGCUUCUAUUAAUAUAAAUGAGCAAAUAUCGAAUAUGUAUCACAAGCAACUGCUUCCUCUGAUUACAUCAAAUGGGGAUGAUCGGAAUUAUGCAAUCACUGCUGGUAGGGAUCUAGACUGCUUGCAGGCUCUUUCAAGAAGAAUUCACUUGGGGAAGUUCGUAGCAGAGAUUAAGUUCAGGGAAUCCCCAGAAAACUACACUCGAGCAAUACGUGCUCAGGUAGAGAGAUCCCCUGUAAUGAUUCCUUUCCUACGUUGUUGCAGGACAAAGAUGCUUUAAUGAAACUAUUAACAUUUACAAGUGUUGAAGAGAUGAUCAAGAAUAGAGUUGAAAAGAAAGCUAUGGUAUUUGGACAAGAAGUGGAUCUCAAAGAGAACGAUAACGUCGGAAAGUACAAGGUUAAUCCAUCUGUAGUUUCUCGCUUAUAUGGAGAAUGGGUUAUCCCCUUAACAAAGUUUGUUGAAGUUGAGUACCUUCUCUGCCGUCUCGAUUAAAACCUUAUAAAAUCUGCAUCUUAUAAUGUUUAAAAGAUUGAGAUUGUUUUCUCAACAAGAUUAUAAUAAUUUUGCAAUUCCGAUUUGUAGAAUUGUGACAUUCACUAAUUAUUUUGAAUUUUUACCUUAAAUGAUACA